UUUCAGUUUUUGAAGUUAGUUGUCAUCGGUCGCUGUAUUAUAGCUGCAAUUCUGCUGCUAAGUCGCCUUGUAUGAUUGAUAGAGCUGAGUUCUGGGCACAAACCAAAUAAGGGCCCUUUUUUAUAUUGUGGUUGAGUUUCUGUAUCGGCGAAUUGAUGUCCAGACGGCCAGCUGCGGAUGUCGCCUGUUUACUAAACGUGCUCUAGGCGCUAAAGUUUUUGUAUGAGUUGAAGGCUUUGCCUGUGGAUAACGGGAGGGAGAGCAGGGAAGGCCCGGUGAAGCCUCGGCUUUGGAGUGGUUAUCAUGGCCGGAAAUUUUGACGCGGAGGACCGUGGCAGUUGGUACUGGGGUCGGUUGAGCAGGCAGGAGGCUGUGUCUCUGUUGCAGGGGCAGAGGCACGGCGUGUUUCUUGUCCGGGACUCCAUCACCAGCCCCGGCGACUACGUGCUCUCGGUAUCGGAGAACUCCAAAGUCUCACAUUACAUAAUUAACAGCAUCAGUAACAACCGACAAUCCGGUCCAGGUUUGGUCCAUCCCAGGUUCCGCAUCGGUGACCAGGAGUUCGACGCUCUCCCUGCUUUGCUAGAAUUCUAUAAAAUCCACUACUUGGACACCACCACCUUGAUAGAGCCUAUCAACAAGUCGAUACAUACCUCCUUCGUCAGCGGAGGCCCCCCGCCGCGUCUGGAGGACGAGUAUGUCCGAGCACUUUUCGAUUUCCCUGGUAACGACGAGGAGGAUCUCCCGUUUAGGAAGGGUGAUAUUCUCCGAGUUCUUGAGAAGCCAGAGGAGCAGUGGUGGAACGCCCAGAACUCUGAAGGCCGGGCAGGGAUGAUCCCAGUGCCGUACGUGGAGAAGUACCGACCGGCAUCUCCAAGUUCGGUGGCGGGGCCUGGUGUGUCUGGGGGACCGCCGGGAGGAAUGGGGAUGCUAGGGAACUCUGAUGGCUCUGCAGCUCAGUCUGGCCCUCCGCUUCUGGGAGACCCCAGCCAGUAUGCCCAGCCCACCCCACUCCCAAAUCUCCAGAAUGGACCUGUCUAUGCCAGGGCCAUACAGAAGAGGGUGCCCAACGCCUACGACAAGACUGCCCUGGCCUUAGAGGUGGGCGAUAUGGUGAAGGUGACCAAAAUUAACGUGAACGGCCAGUGGGAAGGGGAAUGUAAAGGCAAACGUGGGCACUUUCCCUUCACACACGUCAAACUGCUGGACCAGCACAAUGCCGAGGACGAACUCAGCUGAGAGCGGACAGCUGGGCCGCGACCUGGACACUAGUAUUAGACCCUUCCUCAUCCCUUCUCCCUCCUUUCCAUCCUAUUCCACACACUCACCUGCUCUCUCCUCCCUCACAUCUGCUCCAUCUUUUACCUGCAACCAAGUACAUUUUCAGAGAAUCACUGAGAACAAACCAGACAGACACUUGUUGGACCCUUGUAAUGCACACCCUACAUUUCCACCCCUCUGAAUAAUCAUGCCUGCCGUCCUCCACUACCUGCUCUGACUGUCUGACUGGGUCAUACACUCUACAGUGGAAACAGAAGAUAUACCGAGUCUCCUGUUCUGCGGAAAUGGCAACACCCUUUAGAUCCUCCCCUCAUCAUCUUCCUGUCGUGGACACCUUAUCAACACUCACUCCUCAGGAGACUCCUCGCCACAGAAUUCAGCCACUUCCUCUUCCUGUGUCGGAGCCAGCAGAUAACUGCUCAGCACUGUAUCGUUUUUCAUCCUCAUCCGUCACCAUGUUUACGCCGCUGUAGGAUCACUCGUGCUGCAUUCAUGUCAGAUGAGAAUACAAUAACAAGCUGAAGGGUAACAAUACAUCUUUCAUGUGUUUUGUCUUGUUUGAAGGAAAAGUUUGACAGUUUGGGAAAUGUGCUUAUUUACAUUCUUGCUAAGAGAAGAGAAGAUCAAUAACACUCUCCCCUCAGUAAAUAUGAAGCUACCGCCUGCAGCCAUUUAACUUAGCUGGAAGCGGGGGGGCGGGGGAUUAGCUAACCUCACUCUGUGCGAAGGUAACAGAAUCUUGGUAACCUGGGACCAGUUACCAGGCAACUAGCAGAAGUCACUCCACCCAGCCAAGAAAGAGCCCAGCACAUAUUCACCUGUAAAACAUCAAAUUAUUGUCGUUGACACUUGCUGAAACUAGGCAGGGUGUGUUACCUGUGGACAGAGCCAGGCUUUCUGUUUCCACACACUUCCUGUCUCUACGCUAAGCUAAGCUAACUGCCGUACAAAUAAGAGAGUGGUAACAAUCUUCCCAUUUAACUCUCAGAAAGAAAGCAAAUAAAAAUAUUUCCUAAAAUAUCCACCUAUUGCUUUAAUUCUGAUCUGCUUGCUUCACACUAACAUGCAUGCCUGUAGUGAGUGGUGAAAUUCACCACAGCAAGUAAAGCUUGCAGUGUCGCCACACACAAGAUACAGUUAUUCUCUCAGACCUGCCACAGCCGUGUUAUUUUUUUCUAUAUUUGCCUUUAAUUUUUCCAGACGGGCAUCUCCUUGGUGGCGAUAUCUUUAUUCAGGAAAUGAAAGAAAUAGGGUUCCUGACAGAUGCUGAAGGGAUUUGUAGGAGCUUACAACAUCUAACAGUUUUUCCUGACAACUGGACAGAACAUUAUUCUCUGACCUGUUACCAACCUACCUAAGUUGAGGCGAAGGGUAUUUUCUAGUUUUAAAGUAGACAUCUACUUUUGUUCUUAUUGGACAUGAAUGCAGCUUUAUUUUGAGUCAACCCAAGUCUGUGAGGGACAAGAGCAGCAAGACUGAAAUGCCUGUGCAUCUGUGUCAUUUUAGCACUGGGCAGAUUAACGGAGGACUGUCAUGUCUCAGAAAGAACUGAAAAAGCUAGGUCAACUGGAGGUGUACAGUUCUCAAGGAGGGUCAAGAACCAGUCCGACAUCCACCCCCGACACCAAAUAUCAAAUGGAGGAAACAAAACUGAGUUGAGACCAGCAUCUAGUAGCGACUUCAUGUAGUCAUAGCCGUAGAGCAGGCCCCAGCAGUGAACCUGAGAAACUUCUGUUGACGAGGUGGAAAUAAAGACAACACUACAGUCAACCUCUACACACCUGCCACCUUGGCUCACCUCAGCCCCCAUCCAACGAUCACCUAUGACCAAGUACCACCAAGUAGUCUUUUUUGUAAGAAAAAAAAGAACAUAUUGUUAUGAAAUGAUGUACUAUGUGAUUAUCAUUACAUGCUAAAAUAUUGUUUUUGUUAUCUUCGUAGUUUUCUUCAUAGCUGGGACUGUCUGGUUGGGUGGGUGGGGGGGGGGGACAGUUUCAAUGUACACUUAAUACUGCUGCAUGUUGGGAGGAAGUGAUGGGUUACUGGUGCAAAACGGGAGGGGGCGUAUCUGUUUGCCCCCAGUUGUCACAAUAACACAUGUUCUAAUUCUGCUUCUGAUGUACAUGAAUGAAGUUGAACAGGGUGAAUGUAGGCUGUCUACCAUGUUAGUAAUGUCUUCUCAUAUUAGUGCUCUCCAUUCAGCUCACUGAAUAUACCUUAGCAAAACAGACUGCUCUGUGUUCAGAUCUUGUCAAAUGUGUCCAAGAAAAGAGAAAGUGGUGUUAUUUGGUACCUACCCUUUGUUUUUAACCUAUUAAUAAUCUUGCUGCCACCUUGCACUAUUUUGUUCUUUUAGUCCUCGGGCUUAUCGGCCUGCUUUCCUUUUGUGUUUCCUUACUUAGCCCUCUGCCCCUCUUUAAUUUAAAGCCUUGUCCAUUUGUGAUGCACGCGCCAACAUGGACCUUUUCUUUUACGGUUUUAUCUCUACUUUCUGCCAUUUCUGUAUUGCCAAGAGGCCAGGCAAAUUAUGUUGUAGUACAGGCUUUUUUUUUUUUUUCUUUUUUUUUUUUGCGCUGAAGGGGUUGUUUUCUGUUGAGAUUGAAUCAAUCUACUUGUUGACACCUGACAAUCAUCACCCACAUUCAUCAUAAAGCAGACUGGUUUGGAUUGAAGCGGACUGGAUAUAUAGCUUAGACUUUUGCCAGAGUGAACCUGGUCCACUUUGAAUUUGAUCUGUGAGAACGUGCUGUCUCUUCCAAGUGCAGGGUUCCUCUCAGAUGUCAUUGUACAGUAUUUCUGGCCAGAACACAAUGCCACCUUUAGGUGGCACUGUGGCAACAUUCAGAAAGAUGGGAUCCUUCCAGAAAGCAUAUUCUGCCAGUGCUUAUGAGAUUAAAGGAGAUGAAAUUUGAUUUUUAACAGAAUGCACUUAACUGCUUUUACACUGAGUUUGCAUUGAUCAUAUGUGCUCUUUUUUAUGGUUUUCAAUUAUCCUUGAUUGCUCCAACACAUUAGUUUCCCUGACUUUAUGGCUUUGCCUGAGAAGCUCUGUCCGUCUUUCACAUUUUAUUUUCACGUUGGCCAUGUUCCAAAUCCAUGUUAAAAGAUUUACUGUUUAACAAUAUUUGGCUGACUUCUUGGAAAAAUCUGAUCUAGGGAAGUAACAUUUGAGUUUACUGCCAGUUUUUGACACAGUCCAUUUUUAUCUGUAGUUGCGAUCAAAUCAAGCUUCUUUGUCUCUCACACUGCACAUGACAAGUGGUUAGCUACAUAAAUCAUUAUCUUAUAAAUUGUGUUGCCAAUGAAACCACCAAGAAGUAUUUUUUUAGUAGCCCUGCAUGAAGUCAUUCAUUUCCUUUCAUAAAAAGGAAGGGGUGUCAAAAUGCCAGUGGAAAUUGUGUUAAUAUCAAAAUGUGCCAUUUUAUUAUAACACUAUAUUCUUUCAAGACAAUUGAAAUUACCUUUUUAUUUUCUGUAGCAUGUAAUGUGUUAAUAUACUAGUAAAUAAAGUCAAACCCAUGACAAAUGG